AUGAGAGACCUCUAUACUAAGAUCAGACAACUGUCUGCCGAAUGCGAGAGUAUACGUCAUCGUGCUGCGGCUCUUGCAGGCUACAGAUGCGCCCACGAUGCGUACAAAAUACUAUACUUUCUUCUCUACGAUCAUUGUCGACGGCACGAGGCACAUAUCAUCGACUUUGACUUAGCUCAAGCACGUCCGACAGACAACGUGUCGACUGAUGUCCAUUUUCGAUUUGCUACCUUAGCAACCGGCACUCCUCAUGAAACCGGUGAAAUGUGGUUGGCCUUCAGAGCAACGGGCAAAUUUUCAACAAUCGAGAGCUUGGGUGCUCGACAUGAAUUGGGCUGUUUGCUGGGAUAUGAGAUAAAUGCUUUACAUGGCGAAUCGACUCGACGUUUGCCCCAUUCCCAUGAUGGUGCAGAGUUGAAUUGUCUAUCUUUUGGCUUGCAGCCUCGGACAGAAGUCACUUUGACAACGAUGAACACCGUUUUGCAGACGAACUACCUCGUUAGCGAGGGGGAGAUCCUUCAUCUUGCAAAGACAAUCGCCACCGCGGUGAUCCAGCUUGAUAGUACGCCAUGGUUCACAACUUUUUGGAACAGCGACAAUAUAGUGCUUUUCCUGGACGAUCCCAAAGAUUCAUUUCCUCUCAAGAAACCACAUUUCCGCAUUCGUCUUGAACAUGCCUCAAGGCAAAGUUCUGAGCAUCAAAGCCCAAGCACAGAAGUAAUGUUAUUUUGCCUGGCUAUUGUUCUGUAUGAACUAUGGAAGUACUUCCCUGGGGAUAAGAAUAUGUAUGAGCCAAGGCUGGACCGAUUUGACGAUGGAAACGUCACCCUGAUCCGUAGGAACAUUAAGAGGCAAAUGGACAAGUGGGUACAGACAAGGAGCAUUCCGGAGACAUAUGCAGAGAUUAUUGACUGGUGCCUAGAUGCACCAUCAUGUACAGCUGAGGAGAUGAGAAAUUCUUCAAAAAAGCUAAAUGAAAUUUUCGAGCGAGUUAUUUGUGGGUUGGAAAAGGUGGAAAGCGAGUGUGGUGACUCUGCAGCACUCAUCAAGGGUUGGAAGAUAUCAGAUUAA